AUGGAGCCUCAAGGCAUCACCCAGUUGCUUCAUGUGAGAUUUGAUCAGGUUGGAGGAGAAAGCAAUGGUGGAAGUGCAUGGGUAAUCCUGCAGGCUGUGCAGGAAAGGCAAGAGAAAGAGGAUGUACAGGGCCACCCUGUGUCAGGGGCAGCAGCCACAGAAGAAGAAGGUACAAAAGAAGAAUCCAGAGGCAAUACUCCUGCUGUCUUCGUGGAUAGCUGGAACUAUGAAGGCGGGACCAGCAGCAGUGGCCAGGAUAAGGUCCAACAGCAGGAGCCUAUCCCUGGCAGCUCAAAGGACCCUUGAGGGUCACCAGGCCAGCUGCCCCGCUUCCGCCACAGGUUCACCCAGUUCCAGCUGCAGGAGCUAGAGCGCAUUUUUGAACGCAAUCACUACCCUAAUACUGCAGCACGAAAAGAGCUUGCAAGAUGGAUUGCUGUGACAGAAACCAGAGUGCAGAACUGGUUUAAGAGUAGGAGAGCCAAAUAUAGGAAGUACCUGAAGAUGUAA